AGAAAAAAAGUAAGCUAGAUGUAGGUUUCGUAUUGUAGUCUGCUUCUUUUUGUUAUAACAUUAAUGGUGUGUUUCUUGAUCAAUGAUGCACACAUUGAUCCCACUUAUGGUUUUGUUGAGGUCAUGCUAAAUGAAACCAACUUCAAAUAUCAGAAGCCUUACGAUACACCACUUGAACAACGUUACAGUUACGAAAAGGGGACUCAUCGCUUUUGGGUCUAUGCGGAUGAUAAGCCACACUAUCUCGGUAGCAAGACACAACCACGCACCGAAAUUCACAUACUUCCUGACUACACUUCAGGAAUAUGGCAGUUUGAAGGGCUGGCCUUCGUCCCAAACGGAACUAGCGGUGCAACCAUAGUUCAAAUCCAUGGCGCGGCCCAUGGUAGCACAACAAUAAUAUUGAGGAUUUACGAUGGAGAUAUGAGGUAUUAUAGUACGCCGGUGAUAGCUACUUGUUUAUACGAUAAAUGGUUUAAAGUUAAUCUUAUACACGACGUUGAUGGAGGCAAAGUAACAGUUUUCAUUGAUAAUCAAGAGAGAUACAAAACGCAUGAUCGAGGUCCUGGUAUGUUGUAUUUCAAAUUUGGAGUCUAUGCUGCACCAAGAAAUAUCAGCUAUUAUAUGGAAUCGAGGUGGAAAGCGAUCAAAAUUUAUAAAAAACUUUAGUUAAUUUCUUAGAUAAAAAAAAAAAAAAAAAAAAAAAAACUUGUUGUACCAUUUUAGCAUAUAUCGGUGUGUGUAUCUUUAUGGAUUAAAUAACGCUUGUUGGAACAUUUAUGGAUUAUAUAGGACUGUUUUGACAAGGUUGGAGUUAUAUGGUUAAA